UUAAUUAAACGUAAACCCUUUCCUUCAUUUCCAGUCACCUUCGCCUCCCCAUUCUUCUGCUCCGAUCCAUGAAUCUCAGCUUCUAAUCCAAAACAAAGCCAUUCAUGAAUGGCGUCUUCCGCUCCUCCGCCGCCGUCCGGUUCCACAUCAAAAUGAUACGAUCCACCUCUGCCGCAGCACCACCAUUUCUACUUUCAGGUCAGUCCUCCAUUUCCGUCCUCUCCUCAUUCGUCAAAGCUCUCUCAUUCUCCAUUGCGCCAGUACCCGCUUCGCGACCCGACCUUCCUGCAGAAGACCUCUACUCUCAACUGAUUUCCCUCCUUUGCCAACCGAAUUGGCAGAAACACCCUUCUUUCAGGAAAUUGAUUCCGAUUGUAUCCCCUUCCCAUUUCUCCUCUUUCCUCUCUCAGCACCCACAUCUCAGUCCUCACAUUGCCCUAAAUUUAUUGGAUUCCCUCACACGUGCUCCCGGCUUCAAGCCGAACUUCCGAACUUAUGCUUCGCUUUUACGCGUUUUGAUCAAUAAUAAAUCGUUCAGUGAUGCUGAGAAAAUCCGCAUUUUAAUGGUUAAGUCAUGUGAGACGGAGGAGGAUGCGAGGUUGGCAUUGGGCAUUCUGCGCAAGAUGAAUCACGGUGAUGAUGGCGAAUAUUGGUAUAGGAUUAACCUCCGGUGUUACAACAUGUUAUUGAUGUCUCUGGCCCGAUUUGUGAUGAUCGAUGAGAUGAAGUCUGUUUACAGGGAGAUGUUGGAGGAUGGGGUAUCACCGAAUGUGUAUACUUUUAAUACGAUGAUUAAUGCUUACUGUAAAUUGGGCAAUGUGAGGGAGGCAAAACAUUAUUUAUCUAUGAUUAUUAAGGCUGGUUUGGAGCCAGACGCACAUACUUUUACAUCAUUCAUUUUAGGACACUGUAGGAGGAAAGAUGUCGAUAGUGCGAGUAAAGUUUUCAUGACUAUGCUACAGAAGGGUUUUCGAAGGAAUGAGGUUUCAUUCAAUAAUUUGAUGCAUGGUCUGUGUGAAGUGGGGAGGGUGGAUGAGGCGAAAAAGCUUUUCUUGCAAAUGAAGGAUGAUAACUGUUUUCCAAAUGUUCGAACAUACACUAUUCUAAUUGAUGCUUUGUGUGGUUCAGAUAGGAGGUUGGAGGCCUUGAGCUUGUUUGAAGAGAUGAAGGAGAAAGGCUGUGAGCCAAAUGUUCAUACUUAUACUGCAUUUAUUAAUGGUGCAUGUAAAGAUGGUAUGUUUGACGAGGCAAGGAAACUACUAGGAACUAUGUUAGAUAACAGGUUGAUUCCUAAUGUAGUUACUUAUAAUGCUUUGAUUAAUGGGUAUUGCAAGAAGGGAAUGGUGGAUGCAGCUUUUGAGAUAUUUGACCUGAUGAAGUCAAACAACUGUAGUCCGAAUGUGCGUACAUACAAUGAAUUAAUAUCUGGAUUCUCUGAGCACAAAGAAGUGCACAAAGCAAUGGCUCUCCUUGGUAAGAUGCUGGAUCAAAAGCUUUCUCCUGAUCUUUUCACUUUUAACCUUUUAGUAUGUGGACAAUGUAAGCAGGGGGACAUAGAUAGUGCUCUUCGCCUGCUCAGGUUGAUGAAAGAGAAUAACAUUGUUCCUGAUCAGUUUACCUAUGGUCCUAUCAUCGUAGCUUUAUGUGAAAAAGGGAGUGUUGACAAGGCAUUGGAUAUAUUUGAAUCCCUCAAAGUGAUGGGCAUAAAAGCGAAUGAAGUUAUAUAUACCGCUCUUAUUUGUGGAUUUUGUACUGCUGAAAAAGUGGACUUUGCCUUAGAACUCUUUGGAAGAAUGUCUACUGAGGGUUUCCUACCAAACUCAUACACCUACAAUGUGGUGAUUAACGGAUUGUGCAAGGUGAAUAAAAUAUUUGAAGCUUUAAGUUACUUGGAAAAAAUGUCGGAGAUUGGCAUGAAACCUUCAAUAGUUACUUACUCAAUUAUCAUUGAGCAAAUGUUAAAAGAAUUUGACUUUGACAGAGCUUAUAAAGUUUUGAAUCAUAUGGUUGCUCUGGGGUGUAAACCUGAUGUCUGCACAUAUACUUCCUUCCUUCUUGCUUAUUGCAACCAAGGGAUGUUGAAAGAAGCUGAGGGCGUGAUGGCUAAAAUGAGAGAAGAAGGGGUCCGACCAGAUUUGAUGGCUUUCACUGUACUAAUUGAUGGAUAUGGGCGUUCAGGGUUCCUUGAUCUUGCUUUUGGUACCUUCAAGUCUAUGAUUGCUGCUGGAUGCGAACCAUCUGAUUAUACUUAUUCUGUUUUAAUAAAACAUCUUUCUCAUGAAAAGCUAGUGAACAGAAGUGAUGGAGUAGAGCUAGAAUUAAAGCCAAUUAGUAGCUCCACUAAUAUUGCUGAUAUCUGGAAAAUAAUGGAGCACGAGACUGCUCUUAAGCUCUUCGAGAAUAUGGAAAAAUAUGGUUUUGCACCAAAUAUAAAAACUUAUAAUGCACUCAUUACAGGACUUUGCAGAGAAAGACGCUUCAAAGAAGCCUGGAGGUUGGUUGAUCAUUUGAAACAAUGUGGGAUGUCUCUGAAUGAAGACAUGUAUAACAAACUAGUGGAUUGUUGUUGCAACUUGAAAAUGUACAAGGAAGCUGUGGAUUUAAUUAAUGCCAUGCUCAUGCAUGACUUAUUACCACAUAUAGAAUCCUAUAAAGUGCUUGUUUGUGGGCUAUAUAAUGAGGGAAGUGAUGAGAAGGCUAAGGAAACCUUCUGUAGGCUGCUUCACCGUGGUUACAAUUAUGAUGAGGUGGCUUGGAAGGUUUUGAUUGAUGGGUUACUAAGAAGGGGCUUUGUAAAAGAAUGCUCCGAGCUAGUCAGUGUUAUGGAAAUGAAUGGUUGUCCCCUUAAUCCUCAAACUCAUUCCAUGUUAACUGAGGGGAUUCAUGAGCAAAAAGAGGAGGGCAAGUAGCGUGGAUGGAUGACAAUUUGUGUUUUCUGGAUUGGCCUACAAUACGCUAGGCAAUUGCAGUGUUUAUGUUAGUUGAGACAGGGUUAUCUCAUUCAUGUUAAGAGCAUUCUUAUUGACCCGAAAUCUGGUGUUAGUGGAGCAGGUCAUGGAGCUAAGUUUGCUAAUUGUACUUAGAAGCAGUUGAAAGUUGAAGGAAUUUAUUCUUAUGGUGUAACCAGACACAGUCAUGGCAUUUUAUGUCUUGGAAGUCGACAUACCUUCAAUUGCUGGCAUGUUGUAGAAACAAGUGACGAGGGUUCUAACCAAGUUUUGUAUGUUGAACUUAAGCCUGUUUCAAUCAUCAUUUUCAGACUAUGAGGAGUUGACUUGUUCGCAUUUUUCAAUUUCCACUCCAGUGCCAGAAAUUGAACAAGGAUUAUCAGAAGCUGUGAGAUCAGAUGUUAAAAUCAGCUUCACCAUAUACUUGGUGCUCGAGGAUCAAAGAAUUAUAAGUAUGUUAAUCUCUAUGCAGUCAACUAUUAUGUGGAAAUGACCUCUGGAGAGCUUAUAAAUCAACAUCUAGGGCAGUUUUAAGGCAAAUCUGUGAAGGAAGAGCAUUAUCCUAGUCAAGAAGAGAAGUUCUUUAAAUAUUUAUGGUGAACCAAUGUUGAUAAGGAAGACAAAUUUGAGAAUGGCCAAGUUUCUCAUAUUCGACAUUUUGUAGGCUCCAAUUAUUAUUGCUUGAUAGACGUAUUUCCCAGGAAUUAUAUCUGUUAUUGAUAACCUUGUCAAUGGAGCUUCAAAAUUGAAGUUGAUGAUUACGGGGGGCUCCUUUCCAUAUUAUGUUUUCUCAUCAUGAUAUUUCUCAUGUUCCGCUUUUUUUUAGUUGAACAAAUAAUUUUAAAGAUCGUGUCUGACGGUGGAUUCGAACCUGAGACAUUUGAUCUCCGACAUUUAUUACUUUACUUGUUCAACUUUUUAUCA